AUGCUGAGGGCCGCCCAUGCUCCUGCUGCUACUGCUGACAGCACUGCCCGCUCACAGUGGCAGACUCGUGACGCCCACGCUCAAUUCGCUAUUCGCAAUUCCCUGCCGAUAGACGAGCGCGAGCACUUUGGCCAGCACAAGACUGCACAGGCACUGUACACCGCUGUCAUUGCCCGCUACUCCUCACCUGCCUCUGCCACGCUAGGCCGUCUCUCACUCCCCUACCUGUUUCCCGACCUGGCCUCGUUCCAAACAGUCGCUGACCUCAUCACGCACCUCCGUACUAGUGAGGCCCGCUUCCGUGCCGCCAUGCCCGAUGAGUUUCUUGCCACACACCCCCCCCUACUCUGGCUCACUCUCUACCAUCUAGUCACCCGCCUCCGUGACAUUCUGCAUGCUGUCAGGGAUCACUUCCUAGCUUGCUGCCCCACUGAGCUCACCAUUGCCCUCCUCGAGAAGGAACUACUUGCAGUUGAGGCUAGCAUAGUCGCUGUAGGUGCCUCUCGUGGAGACCCCCGCACCCCUUUCUUCAAGGGGUGUUCCCCUUCCCCCCUUCUUCCCUCUGUAGCCUCUGCUUCUGCUGUCGACCUCCUUGGUGCUGAGAAGGUCAGAACUGCGUCUGCUUUGAGCUGGCGCCGCAGUGGCAAGGGCAAAGGGGGCAAGGGAGGCGGAGGUGACGGCGGGGGAGGCGGUGGUGGGGGUGGUGGCGGCGGUGGGGGUGGUGGUGGGACUGGUGGGGCUAGUGGCAGCGGUGGGGGUGGUGGCGGCAACGGCGGGGGCGGUGGCAGAGGCGGGGGCGGUGGUGGGGGCGGCGGUGGACGCGGCGGCGGCAGGGGACGAGGUGGUCGAGGCGGUGGUGGCGGCAGUGGUGGUCGUGGAGGCACUUGCGGUGGCCAGAGCCCACAGCACUCUCCCUGCACGUACGUCAUCCGCACUGGUGACCGCACUGGUCAGACGUGUGGGAGGGCGCAACCCACGCAGCGCUGCUUGUCCCGCCUUGACGACGCUUGGCGUACUCAGUUCCCUGACGCCACAGAGCUGCGCCGCUGGGCUGAUCUGAUGAAGCAAAACAUUGAUAUCUUUGCUCUAGACUUUGAUGCUAUUCUCUCUGCCAUGUAUGUGAUGUCUAUUAGUGGAGAGGGUGCCCAGUACCUGAGUGUUCCACCCGACCCGGGCAUUCGACCCGGUGAGGCUACCGCUCUAGGUGCUAGAGUGUCUGCUACCCCAGGUGCUGGUGAGGCUGCUGCUUUAGGUGCUGGUGCGUCUGCGUCCCCUGUUACUGAGUCGACUGAGGCACUCCACACCUUUAGACUAGACUCAGGUGCCUCCCGCUGUUUCUUUCGUGACCGCACGGCUCUUGAGCAGCUUGCUCGGCCCGUUGCAGUCUCUCUCGCUGGCCCCUCUGGGGGUCCAGUCCUUGCGACCUCCUCCACUGUCCUCCCCUGUCCGGCCGUCCCGUCGGGCACACUGUCUGGUCUCUACCUCCCCUCGUUCUCUACAAACUUGGUGGCGGGCUCCGCACUUUAG